AUGCUUGAAAUGGCUGCUGUUGUUGGUUGCCAGAAACAGAAAGUUGCCGUAACUAAUGCCGAUUAUGCUGAAGAUUUUGAGAAUCAAGUUGUUGGGUGUGUAGAUGUUCAUUCUGCUGCCUUCAACGUAGAAACUGUUACUUUUAAUAAAGGCUUCAGCCAUCUUUUUGGUGAAGGAAAUACUAUUCGUUCUGCUGAUGAUAAGACCGUUCAACUUCAUCUAAAUCAAUACACAGGCUCAGGAUUCAAAUCUUCAGAACUUUACAACCAUGGUUUCUUCAGUGCCAAAAUUAAAUUGCCAUCCGAAUAUACCGCCGGAAUCGUCGUAGCGUUUUAUAUGACAAACGGAGAUGUAUUCCGAAAAACUCACGACGAAUUGGAUUUCGAGUUCUUGGGAAACAUAAGAGGGAAAAGAUGGAGAUUUCAGACGAAUAUGUAUGGAAAUGGGAGCACAAGUAGAGGAAGAGAAGAAAGAUAUUACCUUUGGUUUGAUCCUUGUAAAGAAUUCCAUCGUUAUAGCAUACUAUGGACCACAAAUAUUAUCAUAUUUUAUAUUGAUGAUGUUCCAAUCCGAGAGAUGGUAAGAAAUGAUGAAAUGGGUGCAGAUUUCCCAUCAAAACCUAUGGGAUUAUAUGCCACCAUAUGGGAUGCAUCGGAUUGGGCUACUUCCGGUGGAAAAUACAAAGUCAAUUACAAAUAUGCACCGUUCGUGGCAGAGUUCACAGACUUAGCCCUCCAUGGCUGCCCGGCCGAUCCGCUGCAAGAGGUCGUAACCCCCGACUGUGUUUCUCGAGAAGAUGGUCAACUCGCGAGUGAUGACUAUGCUAGUAUAACCCCGAAACAAAGGAAUGCAAUGAAAAGAUUUAGAGGAAAGUACAUGUAUUACUCGUAUUGUUAUGACACGAUAAGGUACCCCGUGCCACCACCGGAGUGUGUUGUGGAUUUGGCGAUGAGGCAACGGUUCAAGGACACUGGACGACUGAAGUUUGAUGAGAAACACCAUCGGCAUUCGAAGAAAAGAGGAGUGGUUAUGGAUGCUAGGAAUAAUGGGAACCAGGAGAACGUGUGA